GCCCUUUGUUCGUGUGUGUAUAUUUUUUCUUUUCUUUUUUUCUUGCUUUAAUUCGUAAUAACAUAUAAAUUCUUAGAUCUUAAGAUCUGCAGAGUUUUUCCUUCUUCUCUUUUUUGGGUUUGUUUUCCCAACGGAGGGUUAGGGGUGUGGAAUCCUGCAAAGAGUGAGCGUUUCCCACCCGUGUGUUAAAUGACGCCAUUUCUCCAUUUCUCUGUAUAAAAAACUUCUUUCCGUUUUGAGGCUUUGAUCCGUUUCACCAAAAUUUAGGGUUUCUGCUUUCAGAAUCUCCAAUUUUUUUUGUUUUUUUUUAAAAACAAUUAUCUGUUACUAUCUAACAACUUGACUAGAUCGUGUAUGGUUUGAUUGAUGUCUUUGCGUGGAUCAUCGAAGCUAUCUUAUGGUUAAGGCACUGAGUUGUUGAACUAAUUUGAAUAGGAAUUAGUGUUGUUCUUCCUUUAGUGAUUUUACCUUAGAACUGGUUAGUUUGGAGUUCUUUGGCUUGCAAAGGAUGGAUAAGAAGAAGGUGGCGGUGCCUCUUGUUUGCCAUGGCCACUCGCGCCCUGUCGUCGAUUUGUUCUACAGUCCGAUAACUCCAGAUGGCUUUUUCCUCAUUAGUGCGAGCAAGGAUUCCAGUCCCAUGCUGAGAAAUGGAGAAACUGGAGAUUGGAUUGGUACCUUUGAAGGGCAUAAGGGUGCAGUGUGGAGUUGCUGCUUGGAUACUAAUGCGUUACGUGCAGCUUCGGGCUCUGCGGAUUUUACUGCGAAAUUAUGGGAUGCACUAACAGGGGAUGAAUUGCACUCCUUUGAACACAAGCACAUUGUCCGUGCAUGUGCAUUCUCAGAGGAUACCCACCUGCUGCUUACCGGUGGAAUUGAAAAAAUCCUACGUAUCUUUGAUUUGAAUCGUCCAGAUGCACCUCCAAGAGAAGUCGACAAUUCUCCUGGUUCAAUCAGAACUGUAGCAUGGCUUCAUAGUGACCAAACAAUAUUAAGUUCAUGUACAGAUAUGGGGGGUGUGAGGCUAUGGGAUGUAAGGAGUGGCAAAAUUUUUCAGACACUUGAGACCAAGUCCCCUGUAACUAGUGCCGAAGUCAGUCAGGAUGGCCGUUAUAUCACUACUGCUGAUGGGUCAACUGUUAAGUUUUGGGAUGCAAACCAUUUUGGAAUGGUGAAGAGCUACAAUAUGCCAUGUGCAGUUGAAUCUGCAUCACUUGAGCCAAAGCUUGGUAAUAAGUUCAUUGCUGGUGGAGAAGACAUGUGGAUUCGUCUAUUUGAUUUCCAUACUGGUGAAGAGAUUGGGUGCAACAAGGGGCACCACGGUCCUGUUCACUGUGUUCGUUUUGCACCUGGAGGAGAAUCCUAUGCUUCAGGAUCUGAAGAUGGAACAAUUAGAAUAUGGCAGACGGGCCCUGCAACACAUGAUGAAGGUGAUGCUGUCUUGGCUCAUGGGUCAACUGGGAAGGUGAAAGCGAUGACUGAUGAGGUUGAGGUUGCCCGCAAGAUUGAGGGCUUAAACAUUACGAAGGAAGGGAAGGCCGAAGAAAAGGAAGAGGUGCCGGAUGCCUGACAGAGCUGGAUGUUUUGCUUUGGUUUGUGUGUUGAUUGGUUGGUUGUAUGCAUAUUACGGAAUUGUCUGGAUGACUCUUCUAUAGGUUUAUUUAGAACAUGUAACCUUUUGAUUGACCUUUGUCUUUAUUCCCAAAAGUUCUUUUAAGUCAGGGU